CAUACUCGAGAGCCCCACCCUUACAUUGGUAGCGACUGAAGCUCGAUGAGCCUCUACUACUUCAAUCACUACCAACACAUCAAAGAACCCCCAGAAGAGGUGAAGAUUAGAAGUCUAUUUAUUUGGGAAGAAAAGUUUUGAAUUUCAAAUAGACAGGUACACACCACUAAGGCAUAAUUCAAGUGUUUUUUUUUUUUUUGUGAAUAGUUUUUACCUACGAUUGGGGUGGUCUGCGCGGUGAAUGCCGUAGACAAGAUUAGAUAUUCUGCAUUGAAGAGGUGAGCCUCUGGCUUAAUCUAGGAUUAAGUAUCAGACACAGUGGUCCUCAAAACGUUUCAAUUGGUCAAAAAGAAUCUUCCGGUAUUAGAACGAGUGAGCAAAAGAUGAAUUCGCAAACAAGUGUGGUCGGCGUUCAUUACCGAGUGGGACGAAAAAUUGGUGAAGGAUCUUUUGGUGUGAUUUUCGAUGGGAAGAACUUGUUGAACAAUCAACUUGUUGCUAUUAAAUUUGAGCCGAAGAAGUCGGAAGCUCCUCAACUUCGGGAUGAGUAUAGAACAUACAAAUUGCUAGUCGGAAGUGUUGGAAUUCCAAGCGUCUAUUACUUCGGCCAAGAAGGAUUGCAUAAUAUCUUAGUAAUUGAUCUUUUGGGGCCUAGUUUAGAGGAUUUAUUUGAAUGGUGUGGCUGCAAAUUUAGCGUCAAAACCGUUGCAAUGAUUGCCAAGCAAAUGUUGGAUCGUGUGCAAACAAUCCACAAAAAAAACCUCGUGUAUAGAGAUAUAAAGCCAGACAAUUUUCUUAUUGGCAGGCCUUGUACUCGAAAUACAAAUCUCGUAUAUGUUGUUGAUUUUGGGAUGGCAAAAUACUAUCGGGAUCCGAAAACUAAACAACAUAUUCCCUAUAGUGAAAGAAAAAGCCUUUCAGGAACAGCUCGUUAUAUGAGUAUUAACACACAUCUUGGUCGUGAACAAUCACGGAGAGAUGACUUGGAAUCAUUAGGACAUGUUUUUAUGUACUUUCUUCGUGGAAGCCUUCCCUGGCAGGGAUUAAAAGCUGCCAACAAUAAGCAUAAAUACGAAAAGAUAAGUGAAAAGAAACAAGCAACUUCGAUAAACGAGCUGUGCAAAGGUUUUCCCAAUGAGUUUAAUAAAUAUAUGACUUAUGUUCGUUCUUUGCAAUUUGAUGAAGACCCAGAUUAUGAUUACAUACAGGAAUUAUUUGACGAUGCUAUUCGAAAUAGUGGGGAAAGGAAUGAUGGAGUUUACGAUUGGAUGUUACUAAAUAAUGGCAAAGGCUGGGAGUCUGCAUCAUCUCACUUUUCAGUACUGGCAAUGAAACGAAGGAAAAAUUAUUUGGGAUUGAAUGUUGUGCAAAAUGAUGAUAACAGGCAGAAGCAAAGUAAUGUUCAGUCUCAAAACACACGUUUGAACUCAGCGUAUAAGAGUGGCCUCCAGAAAAAUUAUAACUCAUUUGAAUCGGGGUCAAGGAAUCAGCAACUUUUAUGUACCCGACGGGAGCAGUCAGCCUCCAAAAAUACCAUUUAUCCGCAGUCAUCUGCCCGAGGGUAUGGACGGGUCCAACCAAUGUAUGCUUCUCGAUUGGCGGAUCGUCAGGAAGAUGCUAAUUAUGCUGAUGUCAAUCAAAUUCACGAACGAAGGCAAAUGAGUUUUUGGGAUAUUUUUUGCUGCCAUUGCUUUUGAUGAUUAUUUAAUUUUUCACCAAAAUAACCUGUUUUCUGCGAUUCCUUCGUUUAAUGGCUGUAUACAGAUGUCCUAAAUCCUUAACCGCAAGCACAGCAUUUUUGCUAAAGUAAUCUUGGGAUUUUGUAGUGCCGAACAAUUCUUUAAUAUUUUCAGGUGUCAAUAGCGAAAUCUAGACUUUUACAAAAGGACUAGGUGAAUUACCUUUUACGUACGCUAAAAUCGAUACUAGACAUGUUGUAUUCAAUGGGUUAGCUUACGAUAAGGACAACAUUCAUUUAUGGGAAUAAGUUACGUAUGAACUAAGAAUGAAAUUUAUUGUAUAUAUAA